AUGAGGUGGUUAAACGUGCCGGCGGCUGAGCUCGAUGAGUAUCCUGCGGUGUCGUCAACAGCAGGUUGCUUUGACCUUGUGCUGACAACACCAACAACGAUGAAAGCAACAGAAACACCUAGCAACAACUUCACACAUUCUGAAAAUUUCAUACCUAGAAGUAGCGAAUGUGUCUACGCUAAAAGUGGUCACACUGUUCAAUGUUUGGAAGAGAAAACAGAUUCGGCCGAGUUUGAGCGUAAUCGUCCUGCAGCUGGAGCUCUUCUUCCUCAUUCUGGUCACUCUUGCCUUGCUCGGAAACACGAGGGGAGGAUUACUGUGUUGCGUCAUCGUGUAGCUCGAUCGUCCUGCGUUUGUGCUUCUGUUACCACUCCUGCUGUUUCUGAAGUGACGAGGACGUCAGACAUGAUGAUGACCAACGCAGCUGACGAACUGGCCUCAUCGCUUCGUUGUGCCGAGUUCCUGGCCGAUUCGCCGAGCACAUCUACGUUAAUGCACCAUCAGCCAACGACUGUUGGUCGCAUCACUAAUGUACAGUACGCUCAUCAUCAGGAACAUCGUCGGCGUUCUGGACGAAUGGUGCUCCAACCUGUGAACCAAAGGAAGCUGAGUCAUGGACAGCCAACAGUUAUAUCUCGCAAACGGCCACCUACAGUCGAUGUUCGCCUAAACACAGCACAGCACCCUUCCGUUCCAAGUUGCCACGAUCGUUCCAUCCAUCUCGAUGAGCGAGUUUUGGAGAAUCUACUAAUUGCUGAGGAAAAUCUCAAGACAAAUCAUCUCUACUUCACGGCAGUCCAAGAGCAUAUCGAACCGAUUCACCGUGAACAAGCUGUGGAAUGGAUAUACGAUGUGGCGAAGGAGGAGAAGUGUGAUGCGGAUGUAUUUCCGUUGGCGGUUUCCCUCAUUGAUCGCUUCCUUUCUCUGCAGAACAUAUUCCGACAGGAUAUCCAAGUCUUGGCUGGCGUGUGCUUAUUUAUUGCAAGCAAGGUUAAGGCACCGCAACCAAUGAAUGCCGCUCGCGUAUCGUACUACACCGCGGACAGCGUUAAAGUUCAUGAUGUUCUGAGCUGGGAACUAUUAGUUUUGUCGCAUCUGAACUGGGAGAUCAACUCACCGACAGGAUUCGACUUCUUCGAUCACCUCUCGGCUCGACUCCCAUCGCUGCACACGCUGCGACCUGCAUUUACCUCUGUUCUGCAUAGAAUUCAACGCUGUCAUAAACUCGCUACAUUGUUCCCGUCAAUUCAGUGCUGUCUGGCGUUGAUGUUCGCUGCUGAAAGAUAUGCUAACGCCAAAUUACGAACUGACACGGAGAACAUCAUUGGAAACACUUUCCAUUUGGAAAUGGAUUUGCUCCAUUCCUACAUAGCGAUGAUGGAACGAGUCGUUGGCGAACCUGGAGUGUGCUCCACUCGACAUGCCUCAGUGGUUGCUCCAACUGAAGCAGAGUUAUUGGCACAAUCACCAGGAGGUCCAUGCGGCGUGGGGACAUCUUCGCUUGGGACGCCGCACAAUGACUCUGGGUUUUGUUCUGGAGUGAGUUCACCAGAAUCGUUCGGCAAGAAAGAACACGAAUGCUCUCCGCCAAAGAUGGCAAGAAUUGCCUGA